AUGUUGGAAGCGUUCGAGAUUCUCACUACUUCCGGGGUAGUUUUAUGGUCCAAGUCCUACGCCCCCGUUGGCGCCCACAUUAUCAACAGCCUUAUCAAUGAUGUCUUUAUCGAAGAAAAGGUCCAGAUCCAAGCAGCGAAUGCGGCCUACCCCGUGUACAAAAAGGAAAAAUAUACAUUGAAGUGGAAGAAAGUCAAGGAGUUUAAUUUGAUAUUUGUGGCCGUGUAUCAAUCACUUCUGCAUCUCGGUUGGAUCGACAAACUUCUGGACAAUAUCUCGACCUUGUUCAUUGACAUAUACAAAGACCAAUUACGGAGUACUCGUGUUAGGGUGGUCGAAUAUCCUUUUGACAAAUAUUUCGAACAACAAGUUAAGGAGCUUGAAGACAAUUCAGCGCCCAUCAAUUCAGAGGGUGUCGUGACCGGUGCGGAAAAUAAGAAAGACCCGCUUGUCUCGUCGGAACAUGGUGGCCCUCCACCCCCAUCUGUGCCUGGCCUUAUUCAAGGACCUGGUGGCCGAGUUUCUCGCCGUGCGCGCAAGGCGGCGAACGCGGGCGCAAACGUUUCAUCGGGGGAUGAGAGCAUCCGCAAGGGAAAGACACCGAAGGGAGGCAAGAAGAUGCGCAAAUGGGAUGCGGAUGGAUAUGCCGAUGAAGAUGAUGGUACGGUUCUGGAUUAUUCCGCACCUGCUGAUGGCGACGAAGCAGCUGCUCCGGCCGUGGAAGCUGUUGCACAGGAUUCCUGGGGCCACAGAACUGGGAAAGGACAGUUCGUUCUGAAAGACUUGGGUGAUGAAGUCCAUUCUAUCUUGGAGAAUGCGGACAGUGAAAAAGCGAAGAACAGGGCCACCGGAAUCGUUGGCUCAGGAUUCAAUGCUAUCGGUGGCCUUUUCCGCAACAUCGUGGGUGGGAAGGUCCUGACCGAAUCCGAUUUGGAGAAGCCCCUGAAGGCCAUGGAGGACCAUCUUCUGAAGAAAAACGUGGCGCGUGAAGCAGCAGUCCGCCUAUGUGACGGUGUGCAGCGGGAACUUGUCGGAAAGAAAACAGGAAACUUUCAAAGUGUGGAUGCUGCAUUGCGCCAAGCCAUGGAGUCGUCUUUGCGGAAGAUACUCACCCCUACAUCUUCGCUGGAUCUGCUUCGUGAGAUUGAUACAGUCACAUCUCCCACAAGUAAACAGCAGUCUCCCCGCCCUUAUGUCAUCUCCAUAGUUGGAGUUAACGGCGUUGGAAAAUCGACCAAUUUGGGCAAGAUUUGCUACUUCCUGUUGCAAAACAACUAUCGUGUCCUGAUUGCAGCAUGCGAUACUUUCCGCUCUGGCGCGGUCGAGCAACUUCGUGUGCACGCCCGGAACUUGAAAGAACUCAGUGCCCGUGAAAAUGUUGGGCAAGUUGAGCUGUAUGAGAAGGGAUAUGGCAAGGAUGCAGCAAAUGUGGCCAAGGAUGCUGUUGAGUACGGAGCUGCCAACAAGUUCGACGUUGUUUUGAUCGAUACUGCUGGCCGGCGUCAUAACGACCAGCGCCUGAUGUCUUCUCUCGAGAAAUUUGGCAAAUUUGCCAAACCGGAUAAGAUCUUCAUGGUUGGAGAAGCUCUGGUUGGCACUGAUAGUGUAAUGCAGGCGCGUAACUUCAACCAAGCAUUUGGCACUGGCAGAAACCUGGAUGGGUUCAUUAUCAGCAAGUGUGACACUGUCGGGGACAUGGUUGGCACACUCGUGAGCAUGGUCCAUGCAACUGGUAUUCCCAUUGUAUUUUUGGGAGUCGGGCAGCAUUAUGGAGAUUUGCGAGGACUCAGUGUUCCUUGGGCUGUUAACUUGUUGAUGAAGUGA